AUGGCUCUUUACCAGAAACUCUGUAACGAGCUGAAGCUCGAGAUCAUGCAGAAAGCCGCGAUGGUACCCGGCAUGAACUUCUUCGUCAUGUAUGUCGACCGCUUUGAGGAUGCCAUGCCCGGUAACGACAUUACCACGCAGACCCCGAGAAUCCGGGCUGAGAAAAUUAUGAAUGAGGAUGGAGUGCCCGAAGACAAUUCUGCGUGGCGACAGCGCCAGAACCUCAUUAAAGUCGACGCCGCAUCGGAGAAGGUGAUGAUGAAACUUAUCAAUAGACCUUCCACCAAGAAGAUGUGGCCUCGAGCUCCAUUCCCUGAGUCCGAAAACGUCGAGGAAAACGCCUACCACUUCUGUGACGACGACAUGCUCUGUAUUCGAUUCAUCGGCAUUGUCACUGCCCCUUGGACCCGACCCGUGACGAACCCGGAGGUAUUCACGGGCAUCAAGCGCGUGUCCAUGGAGUUUGCAUUCCAGUUCGUGAACAAGAAGUACCCGGAAUACCCUUUCGAGUGCGAGUGUGAAGACGUUGAGCAUUGGGGCUUCUGUCCUAUCGUGCUAGACAAGUUCCUAGCGUACUUCCCCGAUCUCGAGAAAUUCUACUUUAUCAAGAAGCUCCUUAAGGAAGAGCUCCACCAACCCGAGUGGGCCGUCAAGCUCCUAUCUAGCAAGCGAGACCGUCAAGGCCAGAUCAAGACUAAGGGCAAGGUCGAGGUCCUUAGCCUGCCUCGCAUAACGCGCAAGCAGGUCCGCAAGCAUCACUUCAAGGAGACGUACAAGAAGUUCCGAGACAUCGCUCGACGCGAAGGCCUGGUGAGCUAUGAGGACAUGGAGCGUCACUACUACGAAGUCCGUGAGUGCGACAGCGAGGUGAUGCUUUUUCACGACGAGAUCUGGGGUCAUUUCCACAUGCUCAAGGACCUUUGGGCCACUCAGAAGAAUACCCUGAACCUAGGACAUGAGGUUAAGGAGGUUGAGCUCGGCUUGUUGGUGCACAUUGACCCUCCUCAGCCAGAACCCGUUCCGGCUCGCCGUCCGAUCAAGGCUGCUAAGUCUCAGAAGGCGAAGGCUGCUCGCAGCUCGUCUUAA